UCCCUGGGUUUGUGGUUUGGGAGCUGCCUCUGAGUGUCUCCAUAAGCAGGAACAGGACACAGGGAGUUUCAAAACUCCAAGAUUCCCAACUGUCAGACACCCCCAGCCCAUCAGGACUCAGGAGCUUGCAGAGCCCAGCUCAGGACAGGCUGUGCUGUUCCAUAGAUCCCAUCCCUCCGACGACUCCCUGCUGGGGGACAUGCAGCUGAAAUCCUGGAAUGCUGCUCCUGGAAUGGCUGUGUGCAACCAACACCCACCAGCUGCCACAGGCCAUUCCCACCCCGUGGCUGAGCUUUACCCACCACUGGAAUGGGAUCCCUGCGCAACGGGCUCCGAUGUACAGACAGAAUUCCUCGUGCCAGCUCCGAAGGCACUGCCUGUGGAGAAGAGCUUGGAAGAGAUGGGAAAGCCCAUCACUUCCAUCACCACCUCAUCCUGGGAACAUCUCCAGUCCCCAGUGGGGACACUGGGCAGCAGCCUCUCCAGGGAUGGGUUUGAUGGGAUCGUGCCUGUGGAUGUCGACUCUGCUGCCAGUGGGGAACAGAGCCAUGACAGAGAACCCUGGGAAGGAUCCAGGACUUGUCCUGCAAGUCCAGCGCUGGCUGGCUCCGUGUUCCAGGAGAUUAAUCCUGCAGGUCAAGGCAGGUUCCAUCCCACCUCUGCUGGCAGGGACAGAGCUGGAGUCUAUCAGGACACAGACUCUUUGUCAGCUCAGGAUUCCGGGAGUAUCCAUGCUGGGAAAAGACAGAGCCCCAGCGCAGAAAAAUGUGAUUUUUUGGCCCAGGAUGGGGGUGAGUUGGGCAGGCAGAGCGGCAGAGCUGAGGGGCUGGACGUGACCUUCAGUCAGGAGAGAAAUCCAUGCACUGAACCCCAUUCCCUGAGCUCUUCCCAGCAGGAGAAGAGCAGCUCUGGCCACAUCCAACUCAGCAAGAGCUUGGAAGGUUCCGAUCCAGCAGAACAAGUGGAUGUGCUCCAGGGUUGUGGUGAGCUGGGAGAAGAGAAGGAAAGCGCUGAUGAGCCACCUCUGGUUCCAAUAGCAGAGGCUGAGAGGGAGCAAGUGGAGCCAUCCCACCCUUCACCCCCAGAGGAGCUUUUAUCCACCACGUCUGCAGCUCCCUCCUCACCCACCAAGAAAUUCCUGUCCUGUGUCCACAUCACCCUUUCCUCCAAGGUUCAUCGCUUGGAGCUGUGCAGGGACGUGAACGUGGAAAACGGGGUGAAAUUGGACGAUAAACCCCAAGUUAAGACUCAAUCUGUGCCUUUGAAAGCUCCUGAGGGUUGGAGAGAAGCUGCUCCCGAAUUACCACCUGCUGGCCUCGUUCCAGAAGGUCCAAGAUCACCUUUCCCAGUGUCCUCAGCAGAUCCCAGCCGGGUGUUCUCCUCCGGGCGAGAGCCGGAGAGACCCCGAGUCCCUGCUCUGGGAUCAGGGGGGUUCGUUCCCGGGAAUAUUUGGCUUCCUGCCAAACCUGGGAGAAGGACUUCAGAGGCUGCCACUCAGAUCACCACAGAAGGUCCUGGGAAAACCACCUUUUCCGCAGAAAUUCACGUUCAUUCCCAAGAGGAGGAAGAGGCUGCCCAGAAACCCCCUGAGCUUCCCAGCGUCACAACUUCAUCCCAUAUCGAGAUUUCCCCCUUCCCAAGGCAGCCUGCUCAGCCCUUGCUGGUGCCAUACAAACCUUCUGGAAGCACUGGGAUGUAUUAUGUUCCCUUCCUAAAAGGAGGAGCCAAAAUGUCUCCAGUUGAGUCAGAAACCAAUGGUGGGAGCUCUCACUCAGGGUCAAAUGAUGCUCCUCCUCCUCCAAGGUUUGUGCCCCACUUGCCUGGUCUGAGGGAUGAGAAUCCUCCAGGAAUUGCAGCUCUCCAGCAAAAAGAAGGAUGCCACAGCAAGAGGGCCAAGCCUAAGCUGGCCUGGGCUGAGGAGCAAAGGACACCCCUGGAAGAUUCUGCAGACCACAGAGAUCAUUCCAAACCUGUAAAACCCACUCAUUCCACCUUCAAAUCCACACGGUUCUACCUCCACCGCCCCAUGCCCACGUGUGACAGCAGCGAGUUCUCCGAGGACAGUUCCGGAGCGGGAAUUGCUCCGCCUUCCUCCGGCGGCACCUGGAAAAAACCACACCGGCACCAGCGGGUGUUCUCUGCCCAUCAGAGAAAAAGUGGGAAAAAGGAAUUCUUUCCACUCACUGCAGAAGCAGAUGAGAGUAAAAAUGAGGAAUUGAACGUUGGGAAUGAGAUGUCAGGGAUGGAGCGACGUCAGCGCAGGAGGGAAGCAGAACAAGGAGCAGCUGGGAAUCCUCCUCUGCCACGGAGCCAAACAACUCUCCUUGAGGGGAACGUGGAGAAACCCCCGAGACAGAGAACCCACUCCAGUGGGAGCUUGGAUGAGCUCUGGGUUAAGUUCCUGGAGAGGCAGAGGAGGCACCAGCACCACGAUUCGAGGAGUGCCGGGGAGCUGUCGCUGGUGGAACGCCUGGAUCGGCUGGCCAGGGUCCUGCAGAACCCCGUCCAACACACCCUGAUCCCGGCAAAAGCCGGCAGCAACGUUCCUGAAAGGAAAACCGAGGGAAGGGAGCGGACAAAAACAGGAUUGGGAGAGAACGACACGUCCGGGAGCGGCGUGGAGGUGACGGCGACGCGUGUGGGGCAAAGAGCGUGGGACAACCCCAACCUGGGGGAGCUCAGGGAGAAACGGGGAGGAGAGACAACAACCCACCACAACACCGAAAUCCCAGGGAAGCAGCACCCCUUGGAAUCUCCCAGCGACGACUCCUGGGAGACGAGGCUGAGCGGAGAGCACGGCACCAGCGCCUCAGAGUGGGGCACGGCCACGGAGCCGGACACCACGAGCGGGAGGAGCAGCUCCCUGUCCACCAUCGACACCGCCAGGCUGCUCAGGGCCUUCGGCCACCGCAGGGUCCGGCUGUCCCCGAGGCUUUCCCGGCUCUACUCCGCCAUCAGCCACCAGAAGAGGCGCUCGGAAAAGUGGGACGAGGGAAGCGGCGAAGCGGCGGGCGCGGAAUAUCCGAAGGUCGGAGCCGAGAGGAGUGGGAAGAGGAGGGAGAUCCAGGUAUGGGCCCGGGGAAAGGAACCGCUCCGGGAGAAGAACUGGGAAGGGCAGCAGCACCUCGUGGUUCCAGCAGCAGCUCCGGACAGAGGGGCUGGGAAGGGGCCUGUGCUGCCCUUUGUGAAGCUCACGCUGCAGGAGGCUCUGGCCGUUCAUCGCCCCGAUUUCAUCUCCCGCUCCGGGGAGCGAGUGAAGCACCUCAAGCUGGUGAUGGAGGAGAGGAGGAUCCAGAGGGGGCUGCAAUCCCAGCGGGAAGAGCUGGGGAAUUCCCUCGGGAAGAGAAAGGGCUGCAGGAGUUCCACUCACCUGCUGGCCGACAGAGGUUUUCCAGUGAGGGAAAAAAGAAGAGCAAUUCCAAGGAGUGAAAUGGUCCAAAGGUCUAAAAGGAUCUAUGAGCAGCUUCCAGAGGUGAAGAAGAAGAGGGAGGAGGAGAAGAGAAGGCUGGAAUACAACUCGUACCGCCUGAAAGCACAGCUCUAUAAAACAAAAAUCACCAACCACGUCUUAGGGAAGAAGGUGCCUUGGGACUGAUGGGAAUGACCCCUUCAAACCACCCUGGGACGUUCCAGCCCCGGAG